AAUCAGGGAUGGGGAAUCUGGCCCUCUGCAUGUUGUGUGACUACAACUCCCAUUGUCCCCUGGCAUCCUUCUUGGGGCUGAUGGGAGUUAGAGUGCAACAACAAUAUCUGGAGGGUCACAUCCCUGCUUGAAAGGUUUUCAGAUGAGUUUAUAUCCAUAGUGCAUACAUGCAAUGUCUCCUUCAUGAAAUGUCCAGGAAAUAUGUGUAAAAGUUAAAACUACAUGUUCCAAAAUCCGUAUUUCCUGGGUAAUCCUGGUGAUGACAUGUUGGGUAUUUGUAGGGGAAAAUGGAGAGCCUACACCCCUCCCUUUAUCCUGUUUUUCCUCCCACACAGGCUUCUAUCAGGGGGGAAAGCUACCAGAAGGAAGGUAUUACCUGGCAAAGAUUUAUUUAUUAUUAUGUUUAUAUUAUACCUUUCCUCCAAGGAGUUCAAGGUGGUGUGCAUAGCUCUCUCCCUCUGCAUUCUAACAACAACCCUGUGCGGUAGAUUAGGCUGAGAGGCAGCAACUGGCUCAAGGCCCCCCAGUGAGUUUCAUGGCUGGGAGGGAACUUGCACCUGGUCUCUGCAGCCAUAAUCCAGCACUACACCACACUGAGCUAUUGCCAUGUACAGUGGUGUCCCGCAAGACGAAUGCCUCGCAAGACGAAAAACCCGCUAGACGAAAGGGUUUUCCGUUUUUGAGUUGCUUCGCACGACGAUUUUCCCUAUGGGCUUGCUUCGCAAGACGAAAACAUCUUGCGAGUCUUGCGAUUUUUUUUCGCUCCCCCCCUUUUUCUAAGCCGCUAAUAGCCUUUUAGCCGCUAAGCCUUUAAUAGCCGCUAAGCCGCUAAUAGCGCUAAUCCGCUAAUAGGGUUGCUUCGCAAGACGAAAAAGCCGCUAGACGAAGAGACUCGUGGAACGGAUUAUUUUCGUCUUGCGAGGCACCACUGUACUAUCUAGUCCUGGCCUAAAAGAGACCUGUGUUUAAAAGUGACUUAGUUAAUGUUAUGUUUAUCUGGUGUGUGGUUAGUAACUCUGUUAAAUAUUAGGAAACCCCCUUUUCUUGUUUUUUUCCAGACUUGUCUUGCUUUUUCACCCUGCUUAAGCUAACAUGUAACCCUGUAAGUACUGUACUGUUGAAACAGGUCUGAUUGUGCUAGUGUAGUGAUAUUUAAAAUGAAAUAAGAAAAUUGCUAGUUAGAAGUUUUAUUCUUAUUUUUACUGCACUUUUAGUGGUACACUAAUAAUUGAAGAUUGUUUACAGACUAUAGAUAUAAAAGUUGUUAUUUGCAUUGAUCUGAAUUAGUUUGUUUUACCAGGACAAAUACAGUAGAGGGAGAAAACACACACAAGCUGAACUAUUCUUUGCUUAUAGAGGAAUCUGUCUGUUAGCAUAAUGGGGUCCCAACUGCACAGCAGUGUGAAAAAACAUACCAGAAAGGAUUCUGUUCAAAUGGAUUUCACGGAAGCCUACUCGGACAGGUGCUCUGCGGUUGGGCUUGCAGCGAGAGAAGGCAAUGCCAAGCAACUGAAGAAGCUUAUCAAGCAGGGGUAUAGUGUUGAUGUCCCCGAUAACAGGGGCUGGAUGGCAAUCCAUGAAGCAGCAUUUCACAACGCAAGUGAAUGUCUGAAGCUCUUAAUACGCGCAGCACCUUCUGAUAGCUACAUAAGAUCGAAGACAUUUGAGGGCACUUGCCCACUGCAUCUUUCUGCAAGUCGAGGAAGUUUGGAGUGCGUUGCUAUUCUUCUGGAAUCUGGAGCUGAUCCCAAUGAGCUUACUAAUGAUGCAAGCACACCAUUAUUCUUAGCUGUUCAAAAUGGACACGUUGACGUGAUAAAGCUCCUCCUUCAACAAGGAGCAAAUAUUAAUGGUCCCCACUGUUGGUCUGAAUGGAAUUCUCUGCACCAAGCUGCUUUUCAGAACUACCCGGAGAUAUUGAAAUUACUCCUCGACAAAGGAGCCGAAAAAGAAUGUGUGGAUGAUUUUGGGAUCACCCCUUUAUUUGUUGCUGCGCAGUAUGGGAAGCUGGAAAGUUUAAGGAUACUUAUAUCAUACGGAGCAAACGUCAACUGUAAAGCCAAGGAUCGGGCCACUCCGUUAUUUAUCGCUGCGCAGGAGGGCAAUGACGAAUGCACGGAGCUGUUGUUAUCCAGCGGAGCAGAUCCAAACCUGUACUGCAAUGAAGAUGAGUGGCAGUUACCUAUCCACGCUGCAGCAGAAAUGGGGCACAGCAAUAUACUACGCUUGCUCGUACCCGUUACUGACCGGCUCUGUGGCAGCGCCGAAGGCAAAGUGAGCCCUGUCUACUCUGCAGUCCUAGGCGGUCAUGAAGAUUGCUUGGAGUUAUUGCUUAAGGAAGGUUACAGCCCAGAUGCCCAGGCUUGUCCAGUCUUUGGCUGCAGGUCACCCAUGCCCUUGGCUUUCCAAAAGGGGUCUGGCUUAAUCCUCAUUCUUCUGAAGUAUGGGAUCACGCUUUCUGAAGCAGAUUUAGGCCUCUGUCUGCAUGAUGGAAGGUUCUCCUUAUUUCAGCAUUUCUUGAAGCGAGGCUGUAAGCUUCCACGCAGAGAGCACCGGACGGAAUUUACGAAGAAUGCAAUUCUUGCAGGAGACAAGCACAAAGAAUGGUUGCCGUCCCUCCUGUUGGCUGGGUUCAAUCCGGUGCAUCUCCUCAAUGAAUCAUGGGUUUCCUCUGUAAGCAGUGACACUCUCAACUUCCUUCUGGAGUUCACUAACUGGAAGAGGCUUCCCUGGGACGUGGAGCAGAUCCUUUCUGACCACAAAGAAACCUCCGCCUGGGUGACUCGCAGUCACUUCAAGCACAUCCCUCCCUUGUCUCAUCUCUGCCGUCUGGAGAUCCGGUCACUUUUGACGAGCGAUCGCUUACGGUCAGACCAGUUUAUCCGCCAGCUGCCAUUACCUGCUUGCCUGCAGGACGCCUUACUUUACAAAGACGUUUUGAGAAGCUAUGCCAUUUCGGAAUCUCAGCUUAGACUGGGCGAUGUGUACCAACAGAAUGCCCCGCCACCUCUUUCCAGUUCAGGAAACACGGAGAGACGAGAAAACACGAGAACUGAAGCAGGCUCCUCAUAGUGCUUGAGGCUUCUGGCUGUCAUAAGAACCGUGUUGUGGUGCUCAGUGCAAUGAUAGACCUCUCCACUGCUGCCCGUGUUAGGAUAUCCUCUCUUCAGAGACUCUUUAAACUCUUGCUCAGAGGCUUUCAGAUAAGCGUCCAAGCGCCGUUCUCUCUCAAAGGAGUUCAACAUUCAAAUGGAUGAAAACACUUGCAAAGGCAUAAAUAUUGCCACGGAUCAUUCCAAAUAAAGACGCAUUCCCUGUAAA